ACAGUGUGGAGCCGACAGCACCGGGACAGGACCCGCCGCCACCUUCCUCCACAACAACAACAACAGCGAUAACAAGGACACCAUGUACUUUCCUGCAGAAUAUGACUCUCCUUCCCGCUGCAGCAACUCGCCCUCGGCCGGGGAGCCGCAGUACUACUCCCCCGCAGAUUCCUUCUCCAGCCUGGGGAGCCCCCUGAGCAACGCACAGGAUUUCUGCCCGGAUCUGGCAGUGACCAGUGGCUCCAGCUUCGUGCCGACCGUGACGGCCAUCACCAGCAGCCAGGACCUGCAGUGGCUCGUGCAGCCGGCGGUCAUCUCCUCCAUGGCUUCUUCCCAGGGCCGCCUACACCCCUACAGCGCGCUGCCCGCCUACCCUAGGACCAGCAUCCUCAAGCCAGGCAGGCAGCACUCCGGCAGGAGGGGCAAGAUGGAGCAGCUGUGCCCUGAGGAGGAGGAGAAGCGGAGAGUGAGGAGAGAACGCAACAAACUGGCUGCUGCCAAAUGCCGCAACAGGAGGCGGGAGUUGACUGACACACUGCAGAUGGAAACUGAGCAGCUGGAGGAUGAGAAGUCGGAGCUGCAGGAGGAGAUCGCCGGCCUCCUGAAGGAGAAGGAGAGGCUGGAGUUUGUUCUUGCUGCUCACAAACCAAUCUGCAAGAUCCCGAGCCAGGACCUGGCCUUGAGCAGCCAGGGGCUCUCCACAGCAGGGCCAGUGUGUCUGCCAGUAGCACCGGCACCUCUUCUGGCCAACGCCAAACUGACAGAUACUCCGAGCUCGGUGGAGAUGGAGGAAUUUGUCUUUCCGACUUACAAGAAAGCACCAGUGGAGGCGGUGAGGAGCGUCCCUGACAUGGACCUGCUCAGCUCCUUCUACGCGGACUGGGAGCCACUCUACACCUCGGUGUCUGCCGACUCAGAGCCGCUCUGCACCCCUGUGGUCACUUCCACCCCGACCUGCACCACCUACACCUCUUCUUUCCUCUUCACCUACCCCGAGGCCAACUCGCACAGGCAGGGCGCCAGCGCUGCCAGCAGCAGCAGUGACCAGUCUCAGGACUCCCUCAGCUCUCCCACUCUGCUGGCCUUGUGAGCCGCCCCUCCUGCCGGCACUGUGCAACCCAUGCUCUGCCCCAGAGCAUAGCCCCGGCCCCGGGGUGUAACUAGUGUGUGAGACCAUGAUUACAGUAACUGGGUCUGAACUGUGGUGCUAGAUCUACAAGGUGUUUUGUCAACAGUGCAGCUGACUCUGAAACUUAACUACUGUAUCCCUUCCAUUAUUGUGUUUGUUAAAUAUAAAUUAUUUAUUGUAAAAUAAAUUUAUUUUCUAGCUAUCAGACAUACUGAACAUAAAGCUCACGCUUCCCUGAUCACUCGCUCCAUCCUGUAACAGUGGUCACUAUACUAUGGACAUCAGUUUUCCAUGAAAACGUUUUGUGUGUUUAAUUUAUUUAGAGAAGAUUUAUUUUUUCUACUUUAUUUUUCAUGUGUAAGAUGAUAUAAUGAGGUGUUUGCCCCGUGCUAACAUUCAAUAAACGUGAACUAAAUCACC